UUCUGUUUCACAAAAGGUUCUUUAGAUGUUAAAGGUUCUUUAUGGAACCAUUGAGACAAAAAAAUGGGUUUUCUAUGGCACCUUUAUUUUUAAGAGUGUACUGUCUGCUGCUGCUAACGACGACCUUAAACAGCAAAGCAUUGCGCUCAUAUCGUCAUUUCAUCCAGUCAACAACAUCAGUGCAAUUUAAUGUUCCACAUCUAAAGAAAACAGCCCCAUAUAGAUCUCUGUAUGACGUCUGGUACUGCCACCGGACAUCUUCAGUCCACUUCAAUGAAACACAAGGUCAUUAGUUUGCAUCUGCUUAAUAUUAUUCAAAUGACUCCAGGGCUCCAUAAGAAAGGUUUGGUUUCUUAUUGCACUGUGCUGUGUUUUACCUUUUCUGUGUUUUUCUGUUUUUCUCCUGUAAAGCUGCUUCGGAACAAUGCACAUUGUGAAAAGCGCUAUAUGAAUAAAACUGAAUUGAAUCAAAGACAAAUCAAGUAGCAAAUCAGUUGUAAAUUACAGUAAUAUUUUACAUCCAUGAUUUUAUAGCCGUCACGUUAUAGAAGUGACAUUAUAGCUGUAUUUCCAGCCAUUAUUUGCCGGUACAUUGAGUAGGGAUUUCCUACAUCUACAGUACUACAUACCUGAUCAUUUGACAAAAGAAGCAUUUCACUCUUUAAAAGCACUAUAUGGGCGGGGCUUCAACAAAAGAACAAAAUUCCAUCUCAAUGUAAGAAAGCCUUUUAAAGAAGCCAAGACCACAAACAGACGACUCGCUUCACAGGUGCGUCAACAUUUCAGUAGUCAUCUGACCUAAAACAGCUUUACGACUUUCCAGAACAUAGAUUAUGAAUAAUGAAUGAAGAUGAGAUUUCGCUUUUCAAUUCCUUGCAGUGAAAAUUCACCAAUAGAAGGAAAAGAUGAAGCAUCUGUGUCUUCUUAUCCUUUCUUUCUCCGGACUGGUGUGUGUAGGUGUGUGUAAACCGCGUGAGUAUAUUCUCAUCAAAGAGCUGAAGACGUGGACAGACGCACAAGCUUACUGCAGAUUGAAUCACAAUGAUCUGGCCACCGUUCAGACUGAUGAAGAUCGGACAAAUCUGCGUCAGACCGCCAGUGAGAACGCCUUUACUUCAUACGGCUGGAUCGGACUCUACAAUGACAUCAACAGCUGGAGAUGGUCUUAUCAGGACGAGGGCGUCGCUUUUGACAGAUGGAUCAUUGGACAGCCGGAUAACUACGGUGCAGGAGAGGAGUGUGCUGUGAUAAGACUCGGCGGAAAUUGGUAUGACCGAGUCUGUACUGAAGAAAAACAUUUUCUGUGUUUUGAGGAGAAGAACGGCACAGUGAAAUAUGACCUAGUCAAAAACGAUAUGACGUGGAGCGACGCGCGGAAACACUGCAGAGAUCGCUACACAGACCUGGUCACCAUUAGAGACGAAACUGAAAAUGAAGAGUUGAGAGUUUUGAUGUACUGGUCAACAGAGGUUUGGACUGGAUUAUUCAGAGACAGCUGGAAGUGGUCGGACCGGUCCAAUCUCUCCGACUCCAACGAAGCGUCUGCUAAAAAUCUUAAUGGAGGAACUCAAAACUGCGCGACAUCAACUUAUUACGGUUCCAUGGAAAAUUGGUUAUGCUCGACAACUUUUAACUUCUACUGUAACACCGUGAAGUUCAAGAGGCAGAUCGUGAAGGUGCAGGUGACAUCAAAUGUGGGAAAUGUGGAUGAUGCUCGACUGCAGACACUCGUGAUGAAGAAGUUAAAGCAGACACUGUCCGGACUGACAGCAGAUGAGGAUUUGAAAAUGAAAUGGAGGAAGCAAGAGAACGGAAACGUCUUUCAGAAGCAAGUCGCUUUACUAAAAAGUGCCAAUGGAAGCUCUGUUUGCCAGGCCGCAUCAUUGUAAAGUGACAUUUGACUCGGAAAAAAAACACUUCAUCAUUCUUAUUUUGAACACACUUCUGAAUAAUAUAAUUAGUCUAUUUUUAGUUCAUGUUAUAAAUUAAUUUAUAAUAAGUAAAUUGACAAACUCUCAACAAAAAAACAUUGCUUAGAACAUUUAGUCGAAAAAAACAUGCACAGCGCCGUCUGCUACGGCACAUUUUAAAGUUAAAUUUGUGGGGAAAACACACUUCACUUCAUUUUAAGUUCAUGUUUUUAAUUAAUUUCCUUGUAAGUCAACUGUGACAAAUUCUUUUAAUAUCACUUAGAAUAUUUUAUUUUAUCAUUAACAAACCUUUAGCAGAAAUUACAGUCUGUUUUUCUCUUUUAUCUCGGUUUAACAAGCAAAACGUUUGUAAAUACUGUGAUGGGUCACUAAACACCCUAUUUCAUUCCUGCUUCGCAUUCAGCACUGUUAAAAUAAACAUCUAUGAGGAUAAACAUCAGUUCAUUCAUUCAAGCGUUUAACAGGUUAUUCUGACUCAGGGGCGUCAUGCACCCAUUUUUUUUAAGGGGGCACAGUGUGUGGACAAAUACAUUCAUUUAAAGCAAUAUUAUAGAGAAUAUCUAAGCUUAUUCAAAACAUCGCAGACAUCAUUGCGAGAAUUAAAUUACAACACUAUCUGUUUGAUAUAUGGGAAAUGUGUCUGUUGUAUUUUGAGAACAAAUAUCUACAAUUUUGUGCUGUAGUAGUUAAAGAGUCAUU